UUGUAAAGUGUUUCCAGUAAAUUCUUUUAACACAUUAGUUCCUUGUGUGCAAACUAGUAUAAUACUGAACACAAGGUGGCAGUAAAGAUCUUUCUCUCUACAGACUGUUAAUUCUAUUUGAUAGUCAAACUGUUUGUCCUAAUUGACUAUUGAUAUGGAAAUGUGUUGAGUUCUGUUGUAAAAUACAUGAUUAAUUAAUAAUCAGAAGUGCCACCACACCAAUGUUUUCCACAUGUUAUGUUGUCUAACAACCCUCUGCAGUUGGCUGCUAAUCUUGUAUCUAAAUGACACAGCUGUCUUCCUCACUAAAGCUGCAGACAUACCCACACCACUGUUAUUCUACUGCAGCCAUUCUGCUAAUUAUACCUCAUGUCAAUGGGCCACUCAGGAUGAUAAGGAAAGGAAGCGUUUGGAGGCUCUUGAGAAAAGGAGAGAAAAGCAAAGGCUCUUAGAGGAAGAAGAUUCCAUGAUAAAGGGUAAACAGACAAAAGAACCCCCCAGUAAAGUGACUCGUGCCCAGAUUGAGGAGAACCAACACAGUGGGCAAAAUGUUAAAGAAACCAAGGAAAAAGAGAAAAGCCACUUGGAGAUGCCACUUGAGGAGAACGUCAAUCGGAUAGUUCUGGAAGACGGCACGGUAGAGGCCCGGACCAUUGAGGAUGCCAUUGCAGUUCUCAGCACUAAGGAAGACCUGGACCGGCACCCUGAACGACGUCUGAAAGCUGCCUAUGCCACAUUUGAGGAAGCAAACAUGCCACGUCUUAAAAUGGAGAACCCCAAUAUGCGUCUUUCUCAGCUAAAACAGCAGCUCAAGAAAGAGUGGACAAAGUCCCCUGAAAACCCCCUCAACCAACGUGUGGCCACCUACAACUCCAAGUAAACUAGCCUCACAGCACUUAAAGACUGGCCCUUGAUGCAGAUCCUAAUGAAUACAAAGAAGCACUCUGCUUAAAUUUGGAUGGACAAAAAAAAAAUGAGAUCUGGAAAGAUUAGCAUGCACAACUUUUGUUAGAUUCAUAGGAAUACAAUUUUAUAAAUGAACUGCUCAUCCAUCCACAUAAGCUCAUCAACAAACAUUAUUUAACUAAGUAUGAGGUAAAUAUUUGCCAAUAGCAUACAGCCUAAUUUGCUCAUCUGCUAGAUCAUGGCCCGUUUUCAGCUGCGAAGAAAGUUACUAGUUUGGUUUGAAGUGAACAAAAGAGUGGAUUCUCAGCUAGUACACGUUUACUCCAUCACAUGUUAUACUGCUGCGUUGAACUCAUUUAUUAAUGUCAUAAUAAGCAAAACAUGAGUUGGUGUGUGGUAACUUGAGGCAAGUUUUUAUUUUUUCAUUUAGUGUAUGCGUGGUGAUAAUUAGGGCUUGUUUUGAUAUUUAUGGAGAAGAGAAAAGUUAUCUGAAAAAUGCCCUAAAUUAAGAUAAUGGAUGUUUUUCAUUAUAUGGCUCUUUAUUUUGAAACUGCACUUUGGACUUGUGUGGACUAUGUUUCCUCAACGGAGAAACAUUGGAUUUCCAUUUACAUGUGUAGCAUUGACUGGAUGCUGCAGUUAGAUACCAUUGCCACGCAGUACUAACACAUUUUGUGUUUUCUUUGCAUCUGUGGAGGAGAACACAAACACACUUUCAGUGGCUCUUGGAAAAAAUAAAAUAAAAAGAAAGGAUGAACUAUUAUUAUAUUUGCUGAUGUUUUCUGAUUUCCAUUACAUCGUGCAAUUUGGCAGACACUUUUAUCAAAAGUGUCUUAAAGAAUUUCCUUGGAAUUGAACCCACAACCUUGGCGUACCAUUUGAGCUACAAGAACACUCAGUCCUCAUACUUUAAAAACAAGUGUAGCUGUACUGGUAUGCUUGCUUAUCGAGGCUUUUUAUCUUUAUUUUUUGUAAAGAAAAUGUAUCACUUUCUGCGUAUCUUACCCUCUCUAUGUCUGUGUCCUUUGCGAGAAAGAAGUCGUUGUCUUUUGACUAAUCCUAGUUCCCUGUCUGAUCUGAUCUGCUUUGCCUGCAGUCUGAACAUAGCCUUAGUUAACUGUGCCUUUAAGAAGCUUGGAAAAUUCCAGAAAAUUAUGUUAAGCCUUUAGACAAUUAGCCAAUUAGCUUCUGAUAGGAGGUGUACUGAAGGAGGUGUACCUGUGGAUGUAUCUUAAGGCCUACUUUUAAACUCAGUGCCUCUUUGCUUGACAUCAUGGUAAAAUCAAAAGAAAUCAGCCAAGACCUCAGAAAACAAAUUGUGGACCUCCACAAGUCUGGUUCAUCCUUGGGAGCAAUUUCCAAAUGUCUGAAGGUACCACGUUCAUCUGUACAAACAAUAGUACGCAAGUAUAAACAAUAUGGGACCACACAGCCAUCAUACCGCUCAGGAAGGAGACGCAUUCUGUCUCAUAGAGAUGAACGUCGUUUGGUGCGAAAAGUGCAAAUCAAUCCCAGAACAACAGCAAAGGACCUUGUGAAGAUAGUGGAGGAAACUGGGAGACAAGUAUCUAAAUCCACAGUAGAACAAGUCCUAUAUUGACAUAACCUGAAAGGCUGCUCAGCAAGGAAGAAGCCACUGCUCCAAAACCACCAUAAAAAAGCCAGGCUACAGUUUGCAAGUGCACAUGGGGACAAAGAUCUUACUUUUUGGGGAAAUGUCCUCUGGUCUGAUGAAACAAAAAUGUAACUGUUUGGCCAUAAUGACCAUCGUUAUUUUGGAGGAAAAAGGGUGAGGCUUGCAAGCCGAAGAACACCAUCCCAAACGUGAAGCCUGGGGGUGGCAGCAUCAUGUUGUGGGGGUGCUUUGCUGCAGGAGGGUCUGGUGCACUUCACAAAAUAGAUGGCAUCAUGAGGAAGGAAAAUUUUGUGGAUAUAUUGAAGCAACAUCUCAAGACAUCAGUCAGGAAGUUAAAGCUCAGUCGCAAAUAGGUCUUCCAAAUGGACAAUGACCACAAGCAUACCUCCAAAGUUGUGGUAAAAUGGCUUAAGGACAACAAAGUCAAGGUAUUGGGGUGGCCAUCACAAAGCCCUGACCUCAAUCCGAAAAACUGAAAAAGUGUGUGCGAGCAAGGAGGCCUACAAACCUGACUCAGUUACACCAGUUCUGUCUGGAGGAAUGGGCCAAAAUUCAGGCAACUUAUUGUGAGAAGCUUGUGGAAGGCUACCCAAAACAUUUGACCCAAGUUAAACAAUUUAAAGGCAAUGAUACUAAAUACUAACAAAGUGUUUGUAAAUUUCUGACCCACUGGGAAUGUGAUGAAAGAAAUAAAAGCUGAAAUAAAUCA